ACAGAAUCGCACGAACACCUCCCUCUAACAUAUUUUUAAGAGAUGUGUUCCACUGAUUCUCUACCUGUCUUGAAGUGUGUUUGAGUGGCGCUGCUGGAUGGGACCAUGGGGCACUCUUUGCUCUGUAUGCUGUCAUUAUUCUUGCUGAAAACACUCCUCUCCUGUGGACACACUGAAUAUGCUGAGCUGACCUUUGAACCCAACUCAACCACUCUAUAUUCUGGGGAGCAAGUUAAUUUCAUGUGUCACAUGAGAGAAGCAAAUGUCAGUGAGUGGUAUUAUGAAUUCAAGUGGAACGACAAACCACUCGUCUCCAUCAAUUCCACUAACGUCCUCAGGAUUCCAGAGCUAACGCCAGACAGGAACGAGGAUUAUCAGUGCAGUGCUCACCAUAACAGCUCAAAAGAGAACAAACUCUUUCUUUAUCAGUUUCAUAAAGUAAUAAGGAAGGAUUCCGUAAAUAUUCUUUACCAAGCAGCACACAAACCCAGAGCCACAGUGAGAGCGUCCAGGACGUCCAUACCAGUGGCCGGCACUCUGACUCUGGCCUGUUCUGUUGAGGAGUCUGCGGGUUGGAGCUACGACUGGUUCACACGUUCCCCAGACGGUGAGGAAACCACCAUCGCGACAAAUCAUGAGCAAAACUCUCUCAACAUCUCACACGGAGGCAGCUUCUGGUGCAGGGGAAGGAGGACUCACUCAGAUUUCCUCUCAGAGAAGAGUCACGUGCGUCACAUCGAGAAAACCUUGUCCAACAGAAGCUUUGUCGUGCUGCAAAACAACUUGACUCAGAUAUUCAGCGGUGAGACGAUCUCUGUCAGGUGUGAGAUCCCAGGAGGAGGAGACACCCGGUGGGAAUAUGAAUGGAGGACAACAAGCUCCCACCAACCAGUCACUGGUCCAAACACAGUUCUCACAAACAGUGAAUACAGGCUGGGCACUGCCUCUGUUUUCCACAGUGGAGAGUACUGGUGUAAGGCCAGAGCGGGCUUGUAUUCCUCAACAGAGUGGAGUGACGCCUUCCAGCUGAGAGUAACACCAAAUAAACCCAGGCCCAGACUGACUGCUGAUAACACAACCAUAACAGGAAAGGGAAGCGUAGCACUGUACUGCUCUGUGGAUAACGCGGCUGAGUGGAGAUACGACUGGUUCAGAAGAACCUCAGCCUCCGCUGUAGCUCAGAUCCUAAGAUAUAAUGAAACAGAUGAUGAAAUCAGCGUCUCAGAGGAAGGCAUCUACAACUGCAGAGGAAGGAGAGGAGACCCAACUGUCUUCACAGAGGACAGCAAGCUAGUCACAAUAGAGAACAGAGUUUCUCACAAGGCGUCUGUGGCCCUGCAACCUGACUGGUCUCUGAUAUUCAGCGGUGAGAUGAUCACUGUCCGGUGUGAGGUCCCUGCAGAUGUACUGACUGAGUGGGUGUAUGAAUGGACCAAACCCAACUCAACUACGGUUCCAAAACACAAUGAAUACAAGAUUGUCAAUGCGUCCUCGUCCGACAGUGGAAGCUACAGGUGUUUGGCCAAAGACAAGAAGAACUUGAAUUCCACAACCGAGUGGAGCGAUGAUGUCACAUUAACAGUUUCUGAAGGACCAGCGGCUAGCCUGAGUGCUGACCACAGAGCCUUUCCAGUAGGGGGCAGUGUGCUCCUGACCUGCUCCGUGGGCCAAUCAUCACCUGGCUGGAAUUAUUAUUGGUACAGAGGUGAGAAAACCUCAGAGGCCCUGACAGAUGAGGAUUUCAAGUCAGAUGGACAAAGUGCUAUUGCCUCACGUGAAGGACUGUACUGGUGCAGAGGAGGAAGAGGAGAUCCAGUUUACUACACCCAGUACAGUAACUCAGUCAGUAUUCAUGGAAUUGUCCACAACAGAGCUGCUGUGACUCUUCAACCCAAGUGGCCGAACAGAUACAGAGGAGAAACCGUCACACUGAGGUGUGAGAUCCAGGGAGGAGACUCUGAGUGGGAGUAUGAAUGGACAUCAACCAGCUCACAUACACCUCCCAAUACAAAGGAAUUCAGGAUCAGUCUGGGCUCAUAUUUGAGCGGCAGUUACUGGUGUCAGGGGAAUAUUCGUGAGAAGUUCAGUUAUGAGCUGCUCCCAGGAAGCAACGGAGGGACUGAACAAAACUCCUACGUCAUCCAAGGCCCGACGGAGUCAGCCGGUUAUGCAUGUCGAGCUGGAAGAGGAGACCCCGUGUUUUACACUGAGUACAGUGAGACAAAGUGGGUCUGGUCUGGAGAUUCCUAUUCGUCAGUGUCUCUCACAAUGAGUCCAGACUCAGUGCAGCACAACCUUUGUGACAUGAUCAAUCUGACCUGCAAGGGAAACUCUGAUAAGUGGAGAUUGUGGAUCUUUUCUGAAGAGGACGUCCGAUUGGUCGAGUGCGACUCUCACAGAAACAUCACAAGGUCCAGAUGGUCCAUGGAUAGGCUUCUUCCUGGUGUUUACUGGUGUGGAUCUGGAUCAGAGCUCAGCAACGCAGUCAACAUCACUAGAGCUUGUAGAUUUUCAUUGAAUCUAUUCACACUGUGCAUGUUUCCAACAUCCCAUAAUGUGAUUCCAGGUCCUGUUAUCCUGAAGAGCCCUGCCCAUCCUGUGACUGAGGGACAGUCCAUUACUCUCGGCUGCUCACUGUACAGAACAAAUCCCAAUUCCAACUUCUCUUUCUACAAAAAUGAUACACUCCUCCAAAGUGAUGUUCGAGGGAAACUGGAAAUCUCAGCUGUGUCAAAGUCAGAUGAAGGUUUAUACAAGUGUGAACAUUCAGGAGUCUUCUCAGCGGAGAGUUGGAUGUCAGCGAAAUUUAAUCAUGCAGCACCUCCCUCUACGUCUCCUGUGCCGCUGGUCGUCGGGCUGAUUGGUGGCAUCACACUGAUUCUCUUCCUCUCGCUGCUCCCGUUGUGUUGGUACAGGAAUUCAAAGAAUCUGUGUUGUGACAGGUUGGUUCCACAACACUUUCAUCUUCAACAAAACCGCAAUACUUUACUUUUUCUUUUUCCUUGACUUCUGAUUGUUUGACUGUUUCUGGCUCAGCCAGUCUCUGAGAACCAAUCAGAGCUCGGACCAAACUGUCCACUACGAUGAAAUCCAGCUGCAUGUGUACUCGUCUCUUCUCCACGGUCAGCCUUCCUUCUCCUACUGAAUGCCUACACAGCUAUUUCUAAGUGGUUGCUUUUCAGAAGAACCUAGGCACAAAGUUUCCAAUUACAUUUCAUGUUGAUUUGAUUUUGUAUUGACUCGUAGGUGACGAGUGCAUCUAUGAAUCAAUCAGAGGAAGGACGGAGGAAGGUACUGUAUUGUGCCUCCUGCAGAGAAGUCCUAAAUGAAAAACAUCUGAUUUCAGGUGGAUGGGCAGAUGAGUACAGAAAUGUCCAACACGAUUUCAUGACAUCAAUACACACGCAUGGUUUUCCAACAUCUAAUUUUAGUCACAUGGUCCCAAAGACAGACAUUUGGACUUUUCAGUUGAGUCUGAAGCAGAGUUACAGGUGGAAAGGAGCCUCAGUCCAGGCUCCAGACCAAUGCACCAGAAUGUAGUCAGACCCAGAUCAAACUGAACAAAGGAUCAGUUUUGCUGCACCCAUAUAAUAUUUAAACAACAAGGACGUUCAUUUACAUUGGAACACGUGUGGAGCACCUGAAGUUGGUGAUGCUGGUUGCGAUAGAGAUAUUAGAGUGGCAACGGAAUCAACUAAAUGAAUAAAACAGUGGUUCUCAACCUUCUCAAGUCCUUAUCUGUCUGAUCUUUACAGGAACCCGAGGUGAUCCAGAGGAGACGUCUGACUACGUUAAUGAAAUAUUAACAAAUAUUAACAACUGGCUGUUAAGCUACUGGCUCCUGUGCAUUUGAAAUAAACCUCAUCUGAAACUCCAUCAUAUCAUUAUCAAAUAGUUAUUGUACGAUAAGUAUGCAGUUCAAUUGGUGUCUCAAAUUUCAAAUCCGUCGAGUAAAACUAUGAACAGUUGAAGUAUUAAGUGUGUAUUUUUGAGAUUUGCAGUUAUUGUCACUUUGUUUCAGGACCACUAUGAAUGGUGCAUCCUCCAGAAAACCAGAACGUGAAAAUCAACAUUCAUCCUUAAACAUCUUCACAUAUUAGACUCACCAGUUCUGUAACAGCUCAUUGGAAAGAACGACAUGAUCUGGAUUGAAUUUCCGUAUCAAUGGAAAAAAAAAAGGCUGUGAUAUUUGCUUUUGUGUUUACGUUCAAUAUUUCAAUUGGCUGAUAUGGGCCUUUUAAGAUAUGUGCUGAUAUGAAAAGGUUUAUUUAACAGGAUAAACAAUGUGCAUUAUGAUUAUAUUUUACAUUGAACCUUUUUUGGUCUUGAUUCAAGUUCUAUAUAUUCUGUCGUAUUUGUGUUUUCUUUCAAUUUAUCUUUAUUUCUUUAAAAAAUAUUGUUUUACUAAAGCUUUAUUGCCAAUUUUAUAGAUAAGUGAUAGUUUUGACUCCUUAAUAUCGGUAUCGUCAUUGGCCCCCCAAAAAAAGCUUAUUCUGUAUAUUUUUGCCGCAGUCAUGCAACAAAAGCUUGAAUGCAACCUGUGAUGUUUCAUCCGUACGUAUAUAUAUAUAUGUCUUUGUUAUUAUUCACAAAUGACUCAAUGGAGGAUAUGUCAGAAAGGACAUUUUCUGGCUGUGUGUUAUGUUUCAUAUACAGUCUGUGGUUAUGUGUGAUUAUAUCCAUGGCUCGUAAUUUUCUGUUUGAUGAAUACACUCGUCUGCAGACAGUUCAGCUUUUUGUUUUGAAAUGUGAUGAACUGUAACAGAUUAUAAUUCAAAUACAUAAUUGAAUGUGUUCUUUCUUUUAUCUUUAUUAAACUGUGAAAUCCCA